AUGUUCAUUGGGUCUCACCUUGUUAGCAGGUUAGCUUCUUCUUGUGCUGGUCAACUAAAAACGACUUCGCGAAGAAUUGGAUACUUGGGUUACUUGUCUCCAAAUGAAGGAUCUACUCUGGGUUACAAACGUUUAGGUCGUGGACCUUCUUCGAACAAAGGUAAAACUUCCGGACGAGGACAAAAGGGACAAAAGGCUAGAGGAAAAGUACCUAUAUGGAUGGAAGGUGGUCAAACUCCGUACUUCAAGCAGAUGCCGAUGGUAGGUUUCAGAAACGCACAUAACGCAAAAGAAUACCACGAAGUCAAUUUGAGCAAGAUCCAGGAUUUUUGGAAUACUGGAAGAAUUCCGUUGAAGGAGGGGGAGACACUCACUAUCAAGGUAAUGAAGGACUGUGGAAUCAUUACCGGAAGUUUGAAAGAUGGCGUGAAAAUUUUGGGUAAAACUGCAACCGAUUACAAUGUUCCACUAAAUAUUGAGGCAUCAAAAGCGACUGAUCAAGCAAUAGACAAAAUUGAAAACGCCAACAUGUCCUUCACCGCGAGGUAUUUUUCAAAGUUGGGUUUGAGAGCGUUCGUUAAUCCAAGUUAUUUCUUAUUGAGAAAGGGCUAUGUACCUCUUCAAGCAAGACCAACUAGUCAAAAAGAUAUUCAAUACUAUUCAGAUCCAGAUAAGAGGGGAUAUUUGCACAAGGAUCGCUCGAUUCUUUUGGAUCACUUGGAUAAGGCUCGUGAAGAGUUGAAAACGGCAAAACCCAAAAAGAAAUUGUCCAAAUUUAAAUCAUUACUGGAGCAAUUGAAAGAAGCAUCUUCUGUCAACUUUCAAUCUACGAGUAAGCUCGUUAGUGUAAAGGACUUGGCUUGA